UGGGCACACCCACUGGACUACUCGGCUACCCCUGGCAAUGCCUCAAAACAUCAACAAGACUACAUACAACCCGGCUCAGACAUCACCAGGCAGUCGGUCACCUGUGACGAAUACAUAUCAACCAUGAACAGUAAAACAUGCAUGUGCAGAGAUGUUUCAUCACCUGGCCUGACACAACGCUAGCUGUUCACAAGUCUCUCGAUAUGUCGGACACAGAACAACUCUAAUAGCUGGUAUUGAUACACAAUGGCGAGUAAGAAAGAUACCAUUGACCACAUUUACGAUUUCUCGGAUUACAUUCGGACCUCGUUCUCGGAGUUUUUAAAGCUGCAGCCAACACUUCAUAGAGACGAUGUUCCAUUUAUACUUCACGAACCCGCCAUCGUUAAGUACUACAGACCGACCAAUCAGCAAUGGCGAUACUACCUGAUCAGCCUCUUCCAGAUUCACAACGAGACCGUCAAUGUAUGGACACACUUGAUUGGCUUUAGUAUCAUGUGGUGGAUUCUGGGAGAAUUAUCUGCCGACUAUGAUGUAUGGACAGAACGUCACUCAUGGCCUAUGCUGGUGUUCGGAAUGUGUUGUGUGAUAUCUACAAUGACUAGUGCAUGCGUCCAUCUGCUCCACUCUCGAUCUGUAUAUCACCACUACAGUUUCUUUAUGAUUGACUAUAUCGGGGCUACUAUGUACUCAUUCGGUUCGGGAAUACAAGCGUUUUACGCAUGCUCGGAUAAAGGUACGUACGAGUACGUAGGGUCGAUGUACCUGCCGACAAUGACGAUUGUGACAUGGCUUAACUUCGUUGUACUUUGUAUUUCUAAGUUAAUGUUCGGUCACAAUCCAUGUGACGUCAGAAGAAAGCUUGUAAUGAUAUCGAUGAUGACGAUACAGGCCGCAAUCGUCACACUUCCGUUUGGACCUCGCUACUAUCGGUGCUACCUAAGCGAUACGUGUUCCUUCUCUUCUCUUAAUCACCUAACUGUUAGUUGGAUUUUAUUUGCCUCUUGUGCAUUUUUCUUUGGAAGCCAUUUACCAGAAAAACUAUGUCCAGGCAAAUGUGACGUCCUAGGUCAAGGUCACCAGAUCUUCCAUGUGAUCAGUGUUGUCAAUCAAAUGUGGCAAUUUCAUUCCAUGAGGCUUGACCUUUCGUCUGGAGCAUCCGAUCACACCGAACCCGAUAUAGUGAAUAUCAUGGCUGCAUUCUCGGUGCUUUUUCUGUUGGACACAAUUUCGUAUAUACUGUUUAAGAAACUAAUACCUCCCUUUGCCAAGGAAGAAAAACAAUCUUAAUAUAGUCAAAGCUAUGAUUUUGGUGCUUAUUUUUAUGACUCGAAAACUAAGGCAGACGAUAGGUAGUAAUCCAGAGAGAAUGAACGGCUGUCGCUGUAUAUAUUUAUUAAACAUUCGUAUAUGUAAAUUAUUUUCGACUCACACUCGCUCAUCUACGUACCGUUAUAUAUAUUUUUGAAUAUACAUUUUAUACUGAUAUUUAUUGAAAUAUUCAUCCGCGAAUUGUCUAAAUUUGGUAUCAAAAUAACAACAACAAAAUGCUUUUCCAUACCAAAUGUAUCGUCUCGAUCUUUGAAUGUAGUAUUGAAAUAUUUCAUUCUUUUUACCUAUGCCGCUAGCAGUUGCUCAACGCCAUUUGACAUUCCUUUUUGUAUGUUGACUUUACUCGCCCUUCAAUGGGGUUUAUCUUGGGUGUUCAACUGGUACAGUAUAACCGUAGAUUUUCGACCGUCCUAUGUCGCGACGUUGAGAGCAACAGCAUGUGUGUUGAUAGGCCGGAUAUUAGCACUAGAUUGUGACCCUCCCUGAACUUGUAUAUUGAUUUGGACCCUCCCUACAUUGGUAUUUCGAUUGUGACCAUCUCUCUACAGUGAUCGACCAACCAAUCGUUUUACGCUACCGUGGUUUGAGGCAAACUAAAGUGGGACUUUUUAUUAUUUCGUAUCCAUGUCUCACCUUGUUGGUGACAAAUUUAGUCCUCUGUCUACCUCGGUACAUUACCCUUUUGACAGAGAACCGAUAACAACCAAUAAUCGCCCCUGGAAUUUUACCACCAACUGAAACGAUUCCGCCGUUGUAUGGCAGUAUCUCGACAUGAUGUGGUCACUUAAAGCCACAUACUCCCAAACAACCUAAAAUUCUAGUUGCACACGUGUAUUAAUGGCAAUCAAAGAUGCUCAUUCACGCUCUCCUAACAUUGAAAUGACCACUGGCCUGGACGCUUGACCGGGGGAGUCCUUGAGACAUCAGUGUAUAAGAAUAACUCGCCUCAUUUAUGUUUAUAGCGAGAUUUGACAAGCUGUUUGUCUAUAACCUGACAAAAAUAUAGAAAUGUCCACUAUGGUAUUCCGUAAGGCGUGGCUAUGUGUGCUGAUAGCAGUGUAUAGACAAGUUCCUUAACAAGUUACCUGUCCAAAUUCAAUAUCAAUAGAAUACUGUCCGAGAUAAGUUUUACUUGUGUGUUUCUUUUUCGGCUCAGUGUAUGCUUUUAUUUAUUUAAUAGUCUUAUACCGGUGAUUUGAACAUUGUUCAUCAUGGGGAUAUGGAAUGUAAGUGAAUGAGUCUAGAGUGUGAGAACAUAACGUUUCGGAUACUACGUUAGUGUAUAGAUACGUUAGAUGGAAAUAAGUUAUUUAUUUACUGGGUAUACUGGCCCUUAUUUGUGUAUAAUGAUGGUAUGAGUGCUAAUGUGUGUUCGUGCCAUAUAUGCAUUGUGUUAAAUUUAUUAUGUGCCAUUCAUUACUGUAUUGUUUGUUACGCAAAUACGAAAUGCCAAAUUCUAGUACUACAAGUAUACGUAUAUUCUCUAUAUUAACACAUGCGAUAUGGUAAAACAAUCUAUUGUCAGAUAUAACUCGCACUUCUUCCUACGUCAUAAUUGGUGCACGUUUUUGUUAUUAUUUAGUUUCUUUAAUUAGUUUUUGUUACAUAAUCAUUAAAAGUGAUUGUGAUAAAAUAUUUAAAUAAA